GAAGAUACGACAGUUUUGACGUUUGACGUACUUUUUUUCGUGACAGGCUUUUUUUAUUAUUAAAAAUAAUAUUCGAAGUUUAUAAAUUAUCGAAGUCAAUAUGCUGACUGUUAACGUUAAUACUGGCGUUUCGAUUAAAUCGCUUUUCACGUCAGAAAUACCUCUCACGGUUUCGCAAAUUUGGGAUGAAAUUCAAGAUACAACUACAAUAUCACGGGAAAAUUUUUACAUCCUCUACAAUGGUCGUCUCGCGUCCGAUUUUGAUACUCUUUCGGCCGGUUUUGCAAAUAUCACACCCAGAAUUUUUGGCGGCAAGGGAGGUUUCGGUUCAAUGUUGCGGGCAAUUGGCGCGCAGAUCGAGAAAACGACAAAUCGAGAAGCCUGCCGCGAUCUCAGUGGAAGACGGCUGCGCGACAUCAACGAGGAAAAAAGAUUGAAGCUCUGGAUUGAGAAACAGUCCGAGAGGAAGGAGGAAGCUGCUGAGCGGAAAAAGAAGCGGCUUGAAAAACUGCGCUCCGAGCCGAGACACGAAUUUAAGGACUCGAAAUAUGACGAAGAACGAUCCGUCAUGACCGAAAGAGUUGCGGAUUCGGUUAAAGAGGGAUUCAAAGAACGGAAAAGAAUAGCCGAAACUGAGGAAAAAGUUGUCAAGAAGAAAAAAGUUACUUUAGGUUAUGGUUUUGAUAUUGAUUCUGACGAUUCCGAGUCCUCGGAAAAUGGUGCUGACGAUUCCGAGUCCUCGGAAAAUGGUGCUGACGAUUCCGAGUCCUCGAAAGUUGAUUCUGACAAAAAAUCGAAAGUUGCGGCUUGUAAAAAGGAUUCUAAUGAUGAAAAUUCUCUUGAGAAAUUGGAAAUAAUUGAUAAUUCUGAAGGACCUUCGGGUAGUGGAAUGAGUUUGGAAAAUAUUUCUGAUAAUAGUGACAGUAAAAAGAAUUUUGUGGAUGAAACUUCUGUUGAAGAGAAAAAUGAUUCUGAUGUAACUCCAGUUGAAAAAUUGAAAGUGGCUGAGAUGCAGCGACCGGGUUCUCCCUGAUCAUUAUCCUCUUGGAGGUGAGACUCCAGAUCCUGCUGCAAUGACUCUGACUGCUCCUGCGUCGAGGUGGAGGGGUCAUGCUGCGAGAGCUGCUGUGGAUCCGGAGGCCCGUCGUCAGAGGGUUGUGGCGUCGCAGCCGUGCUUGGCGAUUCGCACCAACAGGUGUGUGUAGCUCCGUCAAGCUGCCUUGGUGGGAACCGUGACUCCGGAGACGACGAGGCUUCGCUCCAUACCAUUGCCAGUUAGAUUCAUUCGAUCUCCGGCUCCACAGGCCUACAAAAAAUUGUAUAAAUUAAAAUGAAAUAGAAACUAAUUUGCGAUGUUUA